CUUUCAGAAAUUUUGUUUUGAAACGCAAAUAAAUAAUGCCUCCAAAGAAUAAGCAGAAGAAAGUGAUUCAUCAAGAUGAACUGCGUCGGUUAAUGAGAGAGAAACAAAAGCAAACGAUAGAUAAGAAGCGUGUCGAAUCCCCUUAUGCCAAGUACAACAGUCUCGAUCAUCUUAGCUGCGUACUCUGCAACGAGCGGGUAAAGAAUGAAAUAUUGUGGCAGACUCACGUUCUUGGAAAACAACAUAAGGAGAAAGUUGCCGAGCUCAAGGGGUCUAAACAAAGUUCAACAGGUCAAGGACCCCAGCCCCCGCUGAAAAGGAAAGCAUUGGAUUCUGAAGACACGAAUGGGAAAAAGUCUAAACCAGUGGCAGGUAACGAGCAGGCAUCUACGUCGUCAGGGCUGCCUGAUGUUUUCUUUGCGAAACCUGCCCCGCCUGGGCCGAAGAAACUAACUGGAAUUUUGAAAAAAACAUCUGCUGGACUGAGUCUUCUGGCCGGAGUCUAUAAUGAAGACGAUGACGAAGAGCAGGCUGGUGACUCUGACUGGGGGGCAGCCUCCAGCUCGGGUGUGCAGAAGGGGACACCUGCCCCAGGACUCCCAGCUGAUUUCUUUGACAACAGCACCAUUCCAGCUGUCCCAGCUGCCUCUCAUUCCGGGUCUAUCCUCAAACCAGAUGAAACUGAGAAGAGUGUGGAGAAGAAGGAAAAUACACCUGAAGCACUACCAGAAGGCUUCUUUGACGACCCAGUGAGAGAUGCCAAAGUCCGCAAUGUUGACGCUCCCAAAGAUCAAAUGGAUAAGGAGUGGGAAGAGUUCCAAAAGGAAAUGCGGCAGGUGAACACUAAAUCAGAGGCCAUUGUAGCCGAGGAUGACGAGGAGGGACGUUUUGAGCGUCAGAUUGAUGAAAUCGAUGAGCAAAUCGAAUGUUACCGGAGGGUUGAGGUAUUGAGAGAUAAGCAAGAUGUGGUGAAGAAGGUUGUGAAGGAGAAGACCGAAGACCAGGAAGACUCCAGGGGAAGCGAUGAGGAGGAUGAAGAAGAGCUGCUCCACUUGCUGUCAAGAGACUGGAGGGCUAAAGGGGCCCUUGCUUAAAAUUCCUGGGUCCUUUUGACCCUAAUAGGGUCAAUGUUUCUCCAGAUUGUAAAUAAAAUAUCAAAGUUGCAAAGGAGCCAGCUUCUUUCCUCUGUCAAUGGCAAACCUUUGUUCAGGAUAUUGAAUGUGUAAGUGUUGUCUUGUACUGUAUAUAAAACUUGCUCUUGUGGUAAAUGCUGUUUUUCUAAUGUUACGCACAUGCAGAAAUCAUCAUGUGUAUGAAAUACUGUACUAUCAGCACUUAUUAAAAAAAAUGUUGGG